AAAUUUUCCGCUUAGUAAUUGUAGUUAUUGCCUUAUUGGUAACUUGAAUGAUAUUAAGAUUUGAGAUUUUUUACUUGAAUAUUUGAGGCAUACUGAAGAGUUGUACUAUUAUUUUUCUGUCGUAGUUAUUUCAUUUGUUGUUUAAUAUGGCUACCGAAAGAUAUAGCUUUUCGUUGACCACAUUCAGCCCGUCUGGUAAACUUGUUCAGAUUGAAUAUGCGUUAGCGGCAGUGUCGGCUGGUGCAGCGUCAGUCGGUAUUAAAGCUUCAAAUGGUGUUGUAGUCGCUACAGAAAACAAGCGUAAAUCUCUUUUAUAUGAAACAACAGUUGAAAAAGUGCAAAAAAUUACACCCAACAUCGGAAUGGUCUACAGUGGUAUGGGACCAGAUUAUAGACUUCUUGUUAGAAAAGCAAGAAAGGAAGCAGCUCAGUACCAAUUGAAAUUUGAAGAAGAAAUACCUACAGCUUUACUGGUGCAAGAAGUUGCUAGUGUUAUGCAAGAAUAUACACAAUCUGGGGGUGUGAGACCUUUUGGUGUAUCAUUGUUGGUGUGCGGUUGGGAUAAAACUGGCCCUAAACUUUAUCAGUGUGAUCCAUCUGGCGCAUUUUUUGCAUGGAAGGCCACAGCAUUGGGAAAAAAUUACGUUAAUAGCAAACAGUUUUUAGAAAAAAGGUAUAAAGAAGACUUGGAGUUGGAAGAUGCUAUUCAUACAGCAAUUUUAGCAUUAAAAGAAGGUUUUGAAGGACAAAUGACUGCAGACAAUAUUGAGGUUGGCGUUUGUCGUAAGAAUAGAAGAGAUGAAAUCAUUUUUGAAAAGCUUGACCAACAACAAGUGGCCGAUUACUUAGCUAAUAUACCAAACUAAGUUUAUGAUACUUGUAUUUGUAAAUGAGUACUAACUAAAUAUUUAAUGUGUUGGAGUUAACAGCUCUUAAAUAAUAUGAGAGAGUAUUGUUGUCUCAUUAAAUUUUAUAAAUAAGUUUAAUAAUGAAACAUAACUGAUUUUUCAAAGUAAAGGCAUACGGUAUUUUGUAA